GUUUUUUCUGCGGGUGCUGGACUCGGUGCAAAGCAGCCGGAUAGAAAUCUAUAAAGAUGGCCUCAGCAACAGCGACCUACGGACAGAAGGAGUCUUCGGACCAAAACUUUGACUACAUGUUCAAGAUCCUCAUCAUUGGCAACAGCAGUGUGGGCAAAACGUCCUUCUUGUUCCGCUACGCCGACGACUCCUUCACACCGGCCUUUGUCAGUACGGUGGGCAUUGACUUCAAGGUGAAGACCAUCUACAGGAAUGACAAGCGGAUCAAAUUACAGAUCUGGGACACGGCGGGGCAGGAGCGUUACCGCACUAUCACCACGGCCUACUACCGAGGAGCCAUGGGCUUCAUCCUCAUGUACGACAUCACUAACGAGGAGUCCUUCAGUGCUGUCCAGGACUGGUCGACUCAGAUUAAGACGUACUCAUGGGACAACGCCCAGGUGCUGCUGGUCGGGAACAAGUGCGACAUGGAGGAUGAGCGGGUGGUGGGCGGAGACAGAGGCCGGCAGCUGUCUGAACACCUCGGUUUUGAGUUCUUCGAGUGCAGCGCCAAGGACAACAUCAACGUGAAGCAGACCUUUGAGCGCCUGGUCGACAUCAUCUGUGAAAAGAUGUCGGAGAGCCUGGACGCCGGAGAUCCUGCCGUCACAGGGGCCAAACAGGGGCCCCAGCUGACAGAGCAGCCCGCUCCUCCUCACCAGGACUGUGCAUGUUAAAGCUGACUACUCCCUCCAAACCCCUUUUUCUCCCUCUUGCUCUUUGUCCUCCUUCAGCUGGACCCCGGGGCCUCGGGUCAAAUACUCCCAUCACCCUUUUCACUCACUUUCCUGCUUCUUUCUGUAACCUAGUAAGGAUGAUUGGCUGAGGGGCACAAGAGCCAGGUUGAAAAGUGUCUGAAAUGCUCUGAGAUGCGAGUUGACCAGUGCUAGAGGCGUGUUUGCGUCAGGUUCCUUCUUAUUAAAGAGCUAAAAGGUGUUUUUUUUUAAUCAGUGCUGGUGUUGGUCUGAUGCCAAACCAAGUUCAAUCAAACCAGAGUGUUUCAGACUCUUAGCAAACCAGGUUCCUGAAGGUUCCCGACCCAUCAUUCGUUGUCUCCUUGUUCCUCAGUGUGGUUUUACAAGAAGGAUUUGACGGCGUGCGGCCUCAGAGUGCCAUUUAAAUCCUUCCGAUGUUUACAGUACUUUGCUUCAUGUCAGUCAAAUGUCUCGAUAAGAUGUCAGCCUCAGGUACGGUGACCAAGAAGGCCACAGAGGAGUUAAUGUGUCAGGGCUGAUCACGCUGAAAUCUGAUCCAUACCGAUGUGUUACGUUUCUUUUAGGACUUAAGUUAGGACAGAAUCAAACAUACAUGGAUCUGUGUUUCAUUUGCUUCUUCACCUCGUAUCUAAACAUUGAUUUUGCAGGUGUAAGCAAGUAUUUUGAUUUCAUUAUUCAUCUGAGCCUUUUCAUUUGGCUUUUUUUUAAUGUUUUUGUAUUUUGGUGCCCCCUUUAUUCUUUUAAAGCUGAUUGGGGAAAUAUGAACAAGAUAGAGCUACGUAGAAGUAGCAAAAUAAUUAAGAGACACCUUUUAUUUAAUUAUAUUUAUUUCAAAUGUAUAUAUAAAUGUUGUGCAAUAUAUAUAUAUCUAUAUAUAUAUAUAAUAUCUACAGGUAUGCAUUUCUUGAAAUUAAUUAAAAAAGGUCUGAAGUUCUAUGAGGAUAGUAUCAAAUAUAAGAGGUCUAUGUUGUUGGGUUUGUUUGGAUGAUGUGUGGAAUUGUUUGAACCCUUCCCAGCCCUUCCAUGCGUAAUUUCUUUUCCUGUCGGUUUAGUCUCAUGCUGCCCUUCAGAGACGUCAGAAAUUCAAACUUCCGGCUUAAAGAAUACAGUAAAUGAAGUCUGAAUUACAAAUUACAAAAUAACCGGUAUGUAUUUAAUCCUCCAAAACCACUCAUUGUGAUUUUCAGCUAAAUUAAAGGGUAUCUGAAAAGCAUUUUGUGCAACACAGUUGUGCAGUUGUGCAGUUGUGCACAUUAACAAUGCAGCAUAUUGAUAUUAUAGUAUUUUACACUGGGAAAGGAAAUUUUGCAGGUGAUGCUAAGCAUUGAAGUUGAAAAUUUGUGAUCAUAACAGCAGAUGAAUUCUAACUCUGACUCAAAAACAGCAAAACCCUUAUGGCUGUUUGGAUAGCCACAGCUACUUUAUGAAUUAUAAACAUUUCCUGUAAAAUGUAAUCAUUCUCUUAAACAUGAUGGAAUGAGUUUGGAGGACGCAAACAUGUUGUUUUGUUUGAUGAUUUUUAUGGUAUUUUGCCUUUACCUGAUAGUUUGACCCUAGAAAAUUGAAAGGAAACAUCAGGAGAGAAUAGGAUAGCGCGUGACACACCACCAACACUCAGCGAUUUAAUGUUUCCUUGCUUAGCGACAAACAGCCCAACAGUAAGCAACUUUCUCAGAAUCAGUAUAACAGUCUGUUUGUUUGUGUGUGUAAUGUUAUUGCAGUCUUCAGGUGAAGUUCGGGCAGCACUGUUUAACAAGCAUCAAACAGCUGGAGGCUGAAAUGUUCACAGACCAGGUAGCUGCUGAGUUUCUAACACUAGUUUCAAGUCAAUGCAGGAAUUGAACAUUUUGUUCUGAGGUUUUAUUUUGGUUCCAAUGCCGCAUUUCUACUUACAGCUGUUUUUAAGUCUGCAUUCCAUCACUAACUCUGGGCGUGCAUUAGUAUACUUGUUUUAAUACAGUUUUCCAAAGUUAGAACUGGUCUGCCGGGUACUCCUUCUUUUUACUUCACCAAAGAUUGCUGUCGAAGAAGCUCACUGUUUGUGUGGGAUGCCACAAUGAGUAGUGUGUCAAAGUUUAAAACUGUAAUGAAACAAGUUAGAAGAGAGAGGAUGGGCUGAGAGGGCAAAGCACUGUAAAAAUCAUUAUGGUGGUCCAAAUCCUCAACUUCAUAAAGUCAGUGACUCUGACUGUGUGAUCAAAGCAAAUCUGAUUCAGAACGAAUUUAUUCUGUGAGUGUACAAAUGGCACACAAACCUGAAAUCACAGAGGAGCCACUGACUAUUAAAGUUUGAGAAAAUGAGGCCCCAGUUAAAGUAUUGAUUAUUAAAAGAAAAGGAGUGAUGAUGACAAACCUGAGAGCUGGUUCUGAUCCUGGGUAUAUUUUACUACUUACUGGUUGUGACUGUUUCUCUCCCGGUUAAAAUCCAAACUUUUAAAAUUGUUCUCCUUUCUAAUAUGUCUUCCUCUCUAUAUAAACCAGAUCUGUAAAUACUGUUUCUUUGAGUCAAAUUUGUGGAUUGUGUUGUAUCGACUCAGGCUUGCAACAAAGAAAAAAUGAGGAGAAAAAAUAAAAGACAGUAUAAACCUUAAACCCAGCCCCAAAAGAGCCAUGUUGUACUGUAUCUGCAUUCAUUACUAGGCCUGCUUGUCAAUGAAUGUGUCACUCUGUUACAAAAGCAAUAGAUCACUACAGUAUCUACACAUAAAAAAAAAAAUGCCAUCAAGCUUGGUAGAAGUUGCCGACUUUAGAUCUUCUACUAGCACGCAGGAACAUGUACUUUAUUUGGUCUAGUAUCAAUGCCUCUUCACUCGCUCCUCAGUUUGGGCCAUUAAGGUGAGAGAAUAUGCUGUGGAUGUUUUUAUCUGUACUUUGUGGUAAAACAAUAAAAAG